CUCCCCGGGCGAAGGCAACCUGGCUGGGGCAGGAGGGCGAGCGGGAGGCCGGCUGGGGCUCCGGAGAAGCGUCGCGGCCUGGCCGCUUGGGCAGUGCAAUGUCAACAGCAGAACAGCAGCCAGCGGAGACUUCUCCAUCAUCUAACUCUAAUUCAUCCAGUUACUAUGAUGCAGUGGAAGCAGAAGGAGCAAAUAAAUAUGAAUUGGUUUCUCCGCAUUGGUUUUAUUGCAAGCUAGUUGAUUCCAGAGAAAGGUGGAUUCCCUUCAGUGUACAAGACUCAGAGAAGUUGGAGAUUGCCCAUCAAUCAGGUAAGCACAGCCUGGACCUGGUUGUUCCGACCGAAGGAGGCAGGUAUGAUGUGUAUUUGAAGAAGAGGCUACGUUGUGCUGUGUACUGGGAGGAAGCUGAAUCUGAAGUGAGACGCUGCACUUGGUUUUAUAAAGGAGAAAAAGACAACAGAUAUAUUCCAUACCCUGAAAGUUUCAGUGAUGAGCUGGAGGAUGCUUAUAUGAUCUGCGUUACCUUAGAUGAGUGGAAAAAGAAACUGGAGUCUCCAACACGAGAAAUAAUAAUAUUGCAUAACCCAAAGUUGAUGGUACAUUACCACCCUGUGGCUACCACCGAUGACUGGGGUGCAAGCCCCACUGAACAAGGCCGGCCAAGAACAGUGAAGAGAGGAGUAGAAAAUAUUUCUGCCGAUAUCCCGAAUGGGGAACCUUUGCAAAUAGAUCAUUUAGUUUUUGUUGUUCAUGGAAUUGGACCAGCCUGUGACAUUCGAUUUCGAAGUAUUGUCCAGUGUGUCAAUGAUUUCCGCAAUGUUUCCUUGAGCAUGCUGCCUGCACACUUCAAGAAAGCUCAGGAGCAGCAACAGAUUGGCCGCGUAGAAUUUCUCCCAGUGAACUGGCACAGUACUUUACAUACCGGGGUGGAUGUAGACCUGGAGAGAAUCACUUUGCCAAGCAUCAAUCGCCUGCGUCAUUUCAUCAAUGAUACCAUCCUGGAUGUUUUCUUCUAUAACAGCUCCACCUACUGCCAAACCAUUGUGGAUACAGUUGCUUCAGAAAUGAACCGAAUCUACUUGCUUUUCUUGGAGCGAAAUCCUGACUUUAAAGGUGGAGUCUCAAUAGCAGGCCACAGCUUAGGAUCACUCAUAUUGUUUGAUCUUCUCACAAAUCAAAAAAGCACACCGAAUGGAGAAGAAGAUAAAAAUGAGAUGCUAGUGACUGCCCCAGAAGACACUAAAUGUAUGAAGGACAUCUUGACAGAACUUGAACUUUCUGAAUAUUGCUCUGUAUUUGAGAGAGAAGAAGUGGACAGGCAAGCACUGGCUCUGUGCACGGAAAAAGAACUCAAAGACAUGGGAAUUCCUUUAGGACCUCGAAUGAAAAUCCUGCACUAUAUAAGGAAUAAAAGCAGCAACCAGAAUUCUAAAGGGUUGACACCUGCAGCUUCUGGGGAAGGUGGAGAUGCCAAGCAGGAGGCAUCUGUAACACUCACACAUGCAGGGACAGGUUGCCGACGUCUGGAUGUAAUGACAGGGCAGGUUCACGCAAAUUACCCUCAGCUGAUCUACAAGCCACAGAUCUUCUUUGCCUUUGGCUCACCCAUUGGGAUGUUUCUCACUGUACGUGGUGUGAAUAGGAUUGAUCCAGACUACAGGCUGCCUACCUGCAAAGGCUUCUUCAAUGUCUUUCAUCCUUUUGAUCCAGUGGCAUAUAGGAUUGAGCCCCUGAUUGUCCCUGAUGUGGAAUUUGAGCCCAUGCUGCUUCCUCAUCACAAAGGCAGGAAGAGGAUGCAUCUAGAGCUGAAGGAGGGCCUCACGCGGAUGAGUAUGGAUCUCAAAAACAACUUGCUGGGCUCAUUGAGAACAGCUUGGCAGUCAUUUACCAGGACUUCAUUACCGGCCGUGGAGGCAGGGGCCACGGGUGAUGCAGAACCUGAACUGGAAGCUGAAACUAAUUCUGUGAAGCAAACUGAAGAGAAAACUGAAGAGACAGCCACAGCAGUGAAAGAAGAGCCCACUCCAGUUAAUGUGGGGAUGCUUAAUGGGGGCCACCGCAUUGACUAUGUGCUUCAAGAGAAGCCAAUUGAAAGCUUUAAUGAGUAUCUGUUUGCACUGCAAGGCCAUCUCUGCUACUGGGAGUCAGAGGACACAGUAUUAUUGCUGCUGAAGGAAAUCUACCAAACAAAAGGCAUCAGUAUGGACCAGCCUCUUCCAUAAAGACUGACAGACUGCACCAGUCUGGUUACCAAAUGUAUACGUCACAUUGGAAGCUCAUCCAGACUCCUGCCCAUCUUCCAUUGUCUUAUCUUUUGCUGAUGUAUCAGACAUGGAUCAUCCCUAUUGCCUGGAGCUCUUGGGGAUUCACAACCCUAAUCAUAUUCCACAGAAUAUGCCGGAAGCACUUGAUCUCAUUACUGACUCCUGAUAGUACCUCAUGCUCACUGACUGGGCGGCAUCCUCUGGUUAGAGGGCAGUGUGUGUCAAAAUGCAAUAUCGUCUGCAUAAAGUCUACCUUUGCACUAGCUGGGGCUCGGUAUCGGUGCUAGAAUUUCACACCUCUUCUUCAGUUGGAAAGCCCUAAUUACAAAUGUCAAGACUGCAUAAGAGAUUGAGGCAUAAGAAUAAAGUUGCAUAGCUGUACGCUUGGCUGCGUAAAGCUGCAACGGGUGUGGAUAUAUAGGAAGAGAUUGUUCUCUGGCCACAUUGAACACCAUAUAUUUUUGUUUUCUUUCUGCUCUGCACAUCUUUAUUGCUGCUGUUUUAUUCAAUAGGUGGUACUGCAGACCAAAGCUAAAAGCUGCCUGAGCAGAUUCUUGUCUGUUGCAGUAAAAUGCUGUUGUGCUGACAGUUGCCAUGUUUUGUUGUCCUGUUGCAGCAAAGAAAGGAAAGCCUGGGAAGAAGCUGUUAAGUCACUUGAAAAUCUGUACAUUUUUUCCAGUUCCUACAACUCACUUGUGCAGAAGUGGCUCCUCUCAUUACAGCAUGGUCUAGCUUUUGUUUAGUUUAGUUGUGAUCCAGCUAUAGCAUCACAUAAGUUUCCAUUGUAUGCCUUCAUUGCCCCAGCCUUUUUCAGACUUGUGCAGUGUGAAAGCAACUGUGCAAUGAGAAAGAGUGCCUGAGUAGUUUGGCUGUGUUCUUCCCUUCCACGUAGGUUUAGUAAGUGCUCCAAGUGUUUCAAAGGAAAAUGUAGUACAUUUGCAAAUUUCUUCUCUUGGUGACAUGAAAAAGGUCUGAGGGAACAUCCACUCACAUCUGGCUAAACUCAGUUCUUAUGUUGGGAAAAAAAGUCUGGAUCAAGGACAAGAGUAGAGCCAGUGUAGCAUGUAGACAACAGCUUGGUGUAGCACAUUGUGAGAUGUGUUUGUAUGUAUGCAGUGAAGUCCUAGCAAGCAGCCAAAACCAGUGAAAUUGCACCCUGUACGCCUUUGCUUGGAGACCCUGAUGGUGGGUUUAAAGGAGGCUUGUGUGGUUACCUACACAGUAGACUGUUGGUUAAAUGAUUCAAGGCCUCUAAUGUAUAGAUGGUGGGAGAUGUGGAUUCAUACUUCACUUGCACCUGAAGCUUGAACAAAGAAGGAAACAAUAGGAGAAAUGUUUCCUUUUUGUUCCAUAAAUGGCAGUGACUGCUUUGAAAGUGUGGGGUGUCCUUAACACAAGGGCAUCCCUGCUAGCAAGUGGCAUUGUGAAACCUUGCUUGAUUUGAUUGACAUGGCAGUUGGAAGGAUGGCAUUGCAGUGGUCAUUUGCUUCCACAUGUUCCACUCUGUUGUAAUACUUACACAGUUGACAAAAUAGACCUGGACUUUUCUGGUUAAUUCAGCCCUGCAAAUUGAAUAUAUGUUAUGUGAUUGUAUGACUGUUUCCCACAUGACCAUUAUCCACUUCUGCCAUGUCUCAGCAUGAGCACAAUGCAGUGGUGCAUAGUUUCCACUGAUUCCCUCUUUAUUUUCAAAGAAUCUCAUCAGGGCAGCAGCAGCUAACUUGUUUAUAAUUGGGAUGUGGUCCUGCCAUGUUGUCUCCAUAUAGUCUAUCAAAACCCUCAACCAGUUUUCACUUUGGUUACUUUCCCUCAUGUGUUUGCACUAUUUGUCACUCCAUUGUUCACCUCAUAAUGCUUCAGCUGCUACUGUGCCAUGCUAUCUGGCACAAUCAAAUUCUGGAUCAGACCCUCUGCAGUAGCAGAGGUUGGCAUAGGAAGAAUCCAAUUUUGGGCAGUCAGGUCCCAAAAGCAGUUCAUUUAUGCACUUUGUAAAAUAUGUCUAUUUAAAAAAAUAUAUCUUUUUUCCAUAA